CAGUCAGCUGUUGUUUGUUUGUUUAUCUGCUUUCAAAAUUUCUGCGCUCAAGAUCCUCUUACGGCUAUGGGUGUUGUGUAUGGAUUUAUUUAGCUUCUGCUCCGUUCUUAUGUAUCUGGUGCCUUUGCCAUGCCACUUCAUGUAGAUCCACGAAAACAUGAAUUAUUAGAAGCUAGAAUCCAAGGGACAAACCAUAUACAGCAGAAUAAUAAUGCACCUGUAUCCACAAAGGCGGAUUCAUAUGCAUCUGGUUACAUGUUUCCCAUAACAGAAGAACAAUCUGGCACUCCGGAACAUUCUGCUUUGCGGGGCUCUUCUAGUCCAUUUAGUUCAGCUGGUGAACAUGAUUUGAGCACUAGUAGCAGUGAUCCCAAACCAAUAACCACCACAGUCCCUUUGAUACCAAUAGAACCCAACGAGCGGACUCCGGGUUCUUCAGAUGUAGGCAAGAAAAUGCAAAAUCCAGCCAACCAGAACACUAACCGUUUGGAUUUUGCUAAUUCUAGUCUUAAUAUCCAAAGUCCUCAUAUACUUGCACAGACGCAAGCGGAUUACAUAACUUCACCUACAACACCGAAAAGAAACAGAAUACCUUCAAGUUCUGUAGGGGAGUCGGAUAAUACAACAAAUGAUGGAGUUCUCAUGUCACCUGUGAAAUCAGAUGAUAAAUUUUUAGAAUCGUUAGCUAAUAACAUGCAAGCACAUCCCUUAGGUUCACCUCAGUGUUUACAGUAUGUUUCAAGGUCAAACUCUACUCACACACCGACUGCUAUUGUUGGCAACAAUCCUAUCAAGUCAUCGCAUACAUAUGUAAAUGAUAAAAAUAAUGCAUACUCCACAUUCCAGCUCUCCAUCCAAGCAACUCCCUCAGUUAUUGAAGCAAAUAAUCCAGCUUAUCAUUUAUCUCCGUCUGUAGGACCGCUUACGUCAACCCAUGGUGGGCAGGGGGAUUCCUUACCAUCUCGAAAUGGUACAAAAAAGCGGCGGAAACCAGUCAAUUCUGAGGAAGUUCAUACUCCAAAGCCUAAGAAAAUGGUUUGUCAAGAACGUGGUUCAAAACGUAUUGAUGAAAUCUUUAAAUUCAUGCCUGGUCCAUUGUAUUCAUCGUGUGGUUCAACCAGUCCCAUACGAAAUCUUCGUCCACAAAGCCCUUCCCCCACAGGUGGUCAUUCCCUUGAUAAUCAAAUGGUUGGGACAACCCAUAACUAUAUCCCAGCGUUGAAUGAAGCUGUGACUACGAGCUGUGGAAGUAAUGAUCAAAUGGUUAUCACCUCAGCAACAGGAGUUCAAUUUGCAAAUAAUCCUGCUAGUUUCCAACUGUCACCUGUCCGUGCCAGUAGUACAGCAAGCUUAAGUGAUAGCUCUGGAGACAAUCCUGUAUCCAUGGUUGGAUUAAGUAUGGCUGUAAAUGUAAAUGCAAAUGCAGUAUCCUGUACUACACCUUGUAAUGCUACUCCAUUACCCACCUAUUCUAAUUUACAAGCACCCGUUAAUCUUAAUUCAUCCUGCCCUCAAAUUGGACAACCCAAUGUUGGUUAUUUAGGCUCUGGAUCCUGUUCCAAUAAUCCUACAUCUAAUGUUUUGAGUGGUUUGACAGCCACUAUAUCUGGUCCUAGUGUAAACAGCUUCAGAUCUCAUGUUGGGGUGCAAACAGAUGAAACUGUCACCUCGACAUUAUCUCCUGAAGAUUCCCAGUGCAUAAAUUCCACAUCUUUGCAUAGCAAUCUUCCUUUAUUUACAACUGGUGGACCAAGUUCAUCUGUUCCACUAACCAUUACUGUUGAAAGUCUUCAACGACGAAUAGCCGAUUUAGAACAUGAAACUGUUAUUCAGCAAGAAAGUAUUACAAAAUUACAAGAAAAUGCUGUUCGUUCUCGAGAGAUGAUACGUGAAUUACUAAUUGAAAAAAGCUUACUGGAAAGGAAGACUACACGCCAGAAAGUGAUGGAAAAUCGUUUACGUUUAGGUCAGUUUAUAACUCAAAGACAAGGUGCACAUUUUGAAGAAAAAUGGAUUGAAGGUUCAAGGUUUAAAGAAUUAGAUCAACGUCGUAAAAAUAUCGAACUUGUUCGUGAAGAGAUUGAACGAAAAAAGAAACAAUGGAAUAAGCGUAAACCGAAUGUUGGUGAUGGCAAAAAAAGUACUAAAUCAAAGUAUGAUGAGGUAUCUGUGGAUGAAUUUUACGAACAAUUAGAAAUUUAUGAUCUACGCAAACAAAUGCUUGUCAAAGAGGAUAAGGAAAUUCAAAUGGAAUUGGAACGUUUAGAUCGUGAACGAAAUUUGCAUAUUCGUGAAAUUAAACGGAUUUCUAAUGAAGAUGCAUCUCGCUUUAAAGAUCAUCCAUUAUUAAAUGAACGAUAUCUACUACUUAAUCUACUUGGCAAGGGUGGAUUUUCUGAAGUGCACAAAGGGUUUGAUCUUGUUGCUAAUCGGUACGUUGCUUGCAAGAUUCAUCAGCUCAAUCCUGCCUGGCCUAAGGAUAAAAAGGAUAAUUAUAUAAAACAUGCAUUAAGAGAAAUUGAAAUUCACAAGACAUUAAAUCAUCCAAGAAUAGUCAAGGUGUUCGAUGUGUUUGAUAUUGAUCAUGAUGCCUUCUGCACAGUACUUGAAUAUAGUGAAGGUAAUGAUUUAGAUUUCUUUCUCAAACAAAACAAGAGUAUCCCAGAACGUGAAGCUAAAUCGAUUAUCUGUCAAGUGGUUUCUGCUUUGAAGUAUUUAAAUGAACGUAGACCUCCAGUGAUUCACUAUGAUUUAAAACCAGGAAAUAUUCUUUUGGGUUCUGGUCAAGUUGCUGGUGAAAUUAAAAUCACUGAUUUUGGUUUGAGCAAACUUAUGACAGAAGAUAAAUAUAAUCCAGAGACUGGAAUGGAUUUAACCUCCCAAGGAGCUGGUACCUAUUGGUACCUACCGCCUGAAUGUUUUGAGACAGGACGUGAACCACCAAAAAUUUCUUCUAAAGUGGAUAUAUGGUCUGUCGGUGUAAUAUUUUUCCAAUGUCUCUUUGGUAAAAAGCCAUUUGGUCAUAAUAUGUCUCAAGCUGAUAUUCUGCACGAAAAUACAAUCCUUCAUGCACGAUCUAUUGUUUUCCCAUCGACGACUAAAGUUAGCGAUGGUGCAAAAGAAUUUAUACGUAAAUGUUGUACGUAUAGAAAAGAUCUUCGACCGGAUGUCUUUCAACUUAGCAAUGAUGAUUAUCUUAAACCUAAAGCCCAAUUGAAGCAUUAUCUUGAUACAUCUGCACUUCCCGGUCCCGUUCCACUCAGUAUUGCAACACCUCCACCUUCGACUUGUGUUGGUCCUUCUGUCCCAACUAUUAGUGGUGGUGGUGGUGGUGGUGGCGGCGGCGGCGGUGCAUGCUUGAUAUCUGGAUUUCCGAUAAACAAUUCUGUAAACAGUGUUGCCCAAUCUCAGCCACAACAUAUCCUUCAGCAACAUCAACAACAAGCUACAUCAUUCUCUGUAUUACAGAAUCAUGGUGCUAGCCCAUCUCUACAACCUUUGACUUUACCACCUCCAAGUUGAACAUUUGUACCUAAUCAGCUUUUAUUUUACCUAAUGAAGAUGACUUGUUGCCAUGCAAACAAUUAUUUCUUCCACUACUAGUCAUUGUCAUAUUUACCAUUGUGUAAAGAAUGUACUGGUAGGUUGCUAUUCAUGUGUAAGCAGAUUUAGAUAUAUUUAUGUAUGUAUGUACGUGUGUGUGUGCGCAUGUGUGUAUACUGACUUCUUAUUACCAUCAACUUUUCCCACCUAAUUGUAUAGAUUUCCUAAAGGAUUCUUUGUCUUUUGUAUCAUUGUUCCUCCCCCCCCAACCAAAUUCUCAUUUUUGCAUAAAUAUAAACCUUAACAUGAUGAUAUAUAUAUAUAUAUUAUACAUAAUACUUAUUGACUAGUUGUACCAAGUUAUCUCCGUUUUCUUUUUUUCGGAAUGAUUUUUAGUAUAUUCUCUGCAAAGUGAAAUAGCAUUUUCUUUGUCUUUCCCAAUUUAUCAUUACAGUACACACACACACACACAGACGUGUGUGUGUGUGUAUGUAAGCCUUCACACACUCUGUUCUGGAUGCUUACGUGUUUUACAGUGUUAUGUUUUCUAUGUUAGUGUAUGUAUGUGUGUGUGUGUGUGUGUGUUGGAACAGUCUACAAGAUCAUGAAAAUACAGUCAUGUUACAACUGUGUAUAGUUAUUUUUCUUUUCUAUUCAGAAGCUUAUAUUCAUG